CUAAAAGAAGGCGGCAUUUUGACUGCGCAAUCUUUUUUCGCUUUACUCUCUGAGUGUAAUGAAUCUGUUCAAAGUCAUUUUGGUGGCUGCAAUUGCUUUACUUUUCCCAAGCUGUGUAACUGCUUGUACUACGAAUGAGAGAGCUCAUCGUGAUUUGAUUAACAGUUUAAAAACAAGCGAUUAUGUCAAAUAUGUUAUGAAUUUAACUGAUCGUGGUUGUUUUGUUCACAAAGACCCAUAUGCUUCUCGGUCACAACCGAUAGAAUAUGGUGGCAGGAUUCUUGAUCCCAAUACACAUGCGCGUAUCCUGGAAAUUUUAAGCAUUAGCCUCACUAAUGGUGCUCGUGCUUUAGUUUUAGAGUCAGGUAGUGGAUAUCUCUCAGCAUGUCUUUCGAUUAUGACUGGUCGUAAUGGCGUCACUAUAUCCGUUCCUCCCAGCAAUCAGUUGUUAUCUUUGGCCAAGAAUAAUAUUCAAAGCUGGGCAAAACAUACGAAAACACUUCAGAGUUUACGCUUAAAGCCGGGGGAACAAAUUAAAUUUAUGAACAGGGGUGAUAAACAGGCUUGGUUAUCUAGUGGACCAUACAAUGGUAUCUUUGUUCACAAUACGGGAGGAGGAAUUUCUGUGGCCGAACUAGCAAACACGCUAAAAGUAGGCGGUCGCCUAGUUGGCUUGGAAGGAGAUUUCGGGGGACAGCAAGAAUUGUUUAUGAUAGAGCAUUAUCCAAGAGGUUCCCUUCGACGGGUAUCUAUAAUGACUUUCACAGGUGUUGCUUCACCUGACAGUUAUUACCCUGUGACGCAAGACACAACCAUCUCGGACGAAUUCCAGUUUGCAUCAAUACAAGUUAAAUGUAUUCCAGACAGUAGAGUACUCAUAUCACUUUGUAUUACCAUCGUCUUAUUCAUCUCAUUAUUCUGACAAUCAGAUGUGUUCAUUAUUGAAACAUUCUCAUCACAUAUAUACCCUUCACACUGUGAACAGAAUUAAGACUUGUGAAAUUUAUCUUAUUUUCAAAACAAAAAAAAAUACAAAUCAUGUCUUGUCUACUUCAUUGAUACUCAGUAUUUGUUGUAGAUCAUUUAUCAUUUCAGUGUUCAUUCGAUACAACUUGAUGUGUAUAUUUGAACAUUGAUUUCGUGUAUUCUUUAUUUCUUUCGCUGAAGCUGUCCUACUCACAAUAAUGUCCUUUCAAUCUCCUCUCAAAUUAGUGAUAAAAAUUUACUGUUUUUCAACUUGAUUACAAUUUCUUUUCAAAUUUUGUGCAUCCUGUAAUCUCAUUAUGCAUGAAUGCAGAAACAAA